AUGGCCUCGCAAGCGCAAGGAGCCUCGGGCUCCGACAAGAAGAAACUCAGCCCUCUGCGGUCCAUCAUUGCCGGUUCCACGGCCGGCGCCAUUGAAAUUGCCAUCACAUAUCCCGCCGAAUUCGCCAAGACUCGGUCCCAAUUGAACCGCCGCCUGGCGGAGGGGAAGAAGCUGCCGUGGCCGCCGUUUGGCAAGCAGUGGUACGCGGGGUGCACGACGCUGAUCAUCGGCAACUCUGCCAAGGCCGGCAUCCGAUUCGUCGCCUUUGACCAGUACAAGAGUCUCCUUGCCGACGAAAACGGCAAGCUCACGGGACCACGCACCGUCCUCGCGGGCUUCGGCGCCGGCAUCACAGAAUCGCUCCUCGCCGUCACGCCAACCGAGAGCAUCAAGACGACGCUCAUCGACGACCGCAAGUCGGCCAACCCGCGCAUGCGCGGGUUCCUGCACGCGGUGCCCAUCAUCGCGCGUGAGCGCGGCAUCCGCGGCUUCUUCCAGGGUUUCGUGCCGACGACGCUGCGCCAGUCGGCCAACAGCGCGACGCGCUUUGGCUCGUACACCUUCUUUAAGCAGAUCGCCGAGUCGUACACGGCGCCCGGCGAGAAGCUUGGCGCCGCGGGCACCUUUGGCAUCGGCGGCCUCGCCGGCCUCGUCACCGUCUUCGUCACGCAGCCGCUCGACACGCUCAAGACCCGCAUGCAGAGCCCCGAGGCCAAGCAGCUGUAUGGCAACACGCUGCGGUGCGCGGGGCUGAUCUUGCGGAACGAGGGUGUCCGCACGUUUUGGAGCGGCGCGGUGCCGCGCUUGGUGCGCCUCGUCAUGAGCGGCGGCAUCGUGUUUACGAUGUACGAGAAGAGCAUGGAGCUCAUGAACAAGCUGGACCCGGAAAUGAAGUACUUGUAA